AUGCCUCCCUUUAAGGAUGAGCACAUUUUGUUAAUUGCGCCAGGUUCGCAAAUGACCCUGGCGCAGCUCGGUCUGCCCGAGACCUUCACACCCGCGCGAUUUCGCUUCCCCACGCGUAUGUUCCCUGGCGAAAAUAAGGGAGAGUUUGAACCAUACCGAAUUCGUGAACGACGCCAGGAAGCCAAGGUCAGCAAUGGCAUCGAGACACCCAAGACGGAGCCUCCCAAGGAGGAUGUCGAGAUGAAGGAUGCGGAGCCUGCUUCCCAGGAUACCCCAGGAACCACCGAUACCACACAGAAGCCCGAGCAAAAAAACGGCGAGGCAAACGGGGAUGCUGCAAAUGGGGAGGAAUCGACCGAGAAGAUUCAGGAGACAAUCUACGAAGAAGAUGUGGCCUCGGAUGAAGGCGCUGUGUAUCCGAUCCAGAACGGGCGCAUUGUUGACUGGCCCUGCUUUUUCGCCCUCCUGACUCACAUCUACAAUGCUUUGAGCCCCCCAUUCCAUACCCCGAUCAUGUUAAUUGCCCAGCCGGUCUGGUCUGCACGCGAUCGCGAGGCUAUCACUCAAUUCGUCUUUGAGAAGUUCAAGGUGCCUGCGUUCAGUUUGAUGGAUUCUGCGCUCGCCGCCUGCUACGGAUAUGGUGCACAGACUGCUACUGUUAUUGAUAUCGGCAAGGGCAAGGUGGACGUGACUGCGGUCACAGAUUUCGCGGUCAAUGAGCAUGGCCGGGGUAUUGCUCUGGAGAAAUGCGGUGGUGAUGCAAUGACUGACAGACUUGUCGAGCUUCUCGGAUCUAAGGGUUUCACUCGCGAGAUGUGUGAGCAGCUCAAGCGAAGCAACAUCGCCGAAAUUCUCUCGCCAGGGACUCCACUGCCUGGUGCAACAGCCACAGCACACCAGGGGACAAACCCUGCAGCUGCCGCAUCCACAGGAGGCAACGACGUGAAUGACUCUGCUCCUCGUGGCCCCGGUGAAGGUACUCAGAUUGGCACCGAAACCAACGGGGAGGAAGACGAGGGUGUUUUGGAUGUCGCUGCCAUCGUCAGUGGCAACACAAAUGAAUAUCUUGCCAAUAUGGAGAAGGAGAAAUCAACGAGCAAAAAGCCCGGUGCUGACCCGAAGCAAAAGAAUGUUCCCAACUACCAGAAAGAAAAGGCGUCAUUUCAAUUCGAGGAGUUUGUGCAAUUGGAAGGCGAAAAGGCUCCUGUUGGCGGUUCUCGACAAUACAUUCGACAAACUCGGGAAAUUGAAGUUGGCGUUGAGCGGUUCCUUCUGGCGACCCCUCCACAAGAGGCCGGAAACCGUCUGACUAACGGAAUUCUCGAUGAUAUUGCCACCCAAAUCCACCAUACCAUCCUUGCAGUCCCAGAUGCUACGAAGCGGAGCGAGCUAUGGGACUCGCUUAUCGUCGUAGGAUGUGGCAGCAGAGUUCGAGGCUUUACCCAGGCCUUGCUGGGUGUCAUCACCCAAAAGUUCAUUCUCUCCCCUUCCGGUACCAUUUUUACAUCUGAAAUUCCUUCUGCAUUCACAACUCCUCUCCCAACUGGUGGCACCAACACCCCGGCACCCAUGGGCGGUCAACAGCCAGGGCCCAUGUACCACCCGGCAGCCCACGGUGUGAACCCUCUUCUUGUCGCUGCCACUCACAACAACCCCGGCAUGACUGGUGUUACCCCUGGCACCCCAGGCAUGGACCCCACCAUCUCCUCUCAUCACCGCUCGACCGGACAUUCUCAAACGCCUACCUCUGUUAAGACCCUUCGCCUUCCUGAGUACUUCCCCGAAUUCAAGCAUGAGGGGAACCGCAACGCACCUGGUGCCAGUGGUGGCCCCACUGCUGCCCAGAGUGGCCAUGGCACCGAAGAAGCAGUAUUCCUCGGCGCGCAGAUGGCAGCCAAGGUCUUCUUUGUCCUCGACCAGGGUCUCACCAAGGGCUACAUGAGCCGUGUCGAGUACAACGAGAGCGGACCGUCAGCCAUUCAUGAGUACAUUGUGUAA